AUGUCCUUCAAACCCUCGCCGAUCAUGUCAACCUCAGUCCAAGCUCAGAGACAAGAAAUCAUCAACACUGCUCAAGGCAAACGGCAGACACCCAAACCCACUCAUUCAAAGCAACUGCACAGUGCGAGUACCUCUCAGUUUAGCCUUCCAGAAGGAUGGAUGGUGGAGGAAAGACCCCGUCCAUCUAACCCUGAUCACAUUGACAGGUAUUACUAUGAACCAUACACGGGAAGGAAGUUUCGUUCUUUGUUAUCUGUUCAGAGACAUCUUGCUGGAGAAACAGAAGGCACUGUUCCUGCUAGGAGAAAGAUAUCCAAAAAUAAAAACACUACUUUUGCUGAAUCCGGGGCAGGACAGCAGUUAAGUUCCGUGAGAACUGCUAAUUUCUUAUUAGAAGAUGCAUAUCCAACAAUACCCAAGUCCACACUGAAAUCAGGCACUGGAGAAAGAGAAGUUUUUGGUGGAAGUAGCCGAAAACCUGCUUAUAAACGCUCUUCAAAAGAAGAGCGCUUGAAAAAUAUUCAACUUGAGGAACCUGCGAAGCUGACUAUCAAAGGCCCUUCAAUGGUAGCUGAGAAAGAUGUAACCACUCCACGGUGGUUAAAAGACACCUAUCAACCCAAGUUGGUGAUCAAAGGUCCUAUAGUACCAGCAGAAAAAGAAAUAGCUCCAACCUGGUUGAGAACCUCUAAGCUAUACGAGAAACCCAUAAAGCGUGAUCUCCAGAAAACUAACAAAGGGAACAACAGCAAAAGCCCAGCACAUAACUUACCAGGACCACCUCCAGAGAAAGUAACUUGGGUUCCAUCUGAAUUUGGGGGCUUCUGGAAACCCUUUGUGGACGGUUCAGCUGUCAUGGAUUCUGACAAGCUGAAAUGGUCCGAAGCAUUUGUGUUAUCUACUCGACCAUAA